AUGUCGAAUCGUCGAGUAAAGUCUCUGGCGUUGGAUGAAGACGAUUACGAUAGUUAUGAGGACUAUGAUGACGGCUAUGGAGAUGGCGGGGAUGACAACGAGCUUUCUGCAGAGGACAAGGAACAGAUGCAGCAAGGCACCAGCAAUGUGCGUGCAGCCUUAGGGCCAGCAUUUCCUGCUACCGACAGUGAAAUCCAAGAGGCGCUGUGGCACUAUUACUAUGACGUGGGAAAAUCCGUCACGUAUCUGAAAAACAAACACAGGCCCACCCCUGUCGCUACAAAAAAGCAGACGGAGGGCUCAAAGAAUCACGCCACCAUCGCCGUUUGCUCCAACUCAUUUUCUGUGGCGGACUUCUUCAGAGAUAGCCCAUGGUUGCAAAUUCCUGAAUAUCGAAGGGCAGAGAUCAUCAUCACUCCACUCUGUCCCCGCUUCGGCCUUCUAGGUGGUGCGUCGAACACCGGCAAGGUGUCCAAACUGGCGGCGCUGGCUGCCAAGCGCAGGAAGAAAGAAAGUGAGAAACUUGACACUCAAACCACAGCCGAUACUGGAUCUCAGCAGGACUAUCUCUCGAGCUUGAAUAAACUUCGGAUCAGUCAGUCAUCAAGAGUGAGGUCCAGAUCAACCGGUGCCUCUGCCUCGGCGCCAGCAGAAUCACAGCUCGAGUUACAAAAGAACGAUCACAGAGGUGCUCAGUCUACUCAUAUAGAGAGCAAGCAGACAUCUCCAGGAAGGAUAUUGGAAAACUCGCUCGAGGUCGAUCAGCAUCUUCGAGCCGGUCCCUCGGCUUUUGCCAGUAUCAUGACCAGCCGCGACGCUGACACUUAUCUUCUGUCAUCGAGUGAUCUUUUCUCCAGUGAAGCAAAUGCUAAGUCUUUCAACUUUGCAGAGCCGAGCCCGGACGAUAUUGUGACUCAGGCACAGACUGGAAAAGCCGCGACGUCAGCCACUUCUAGAGCCAAGGAUACGAGCCGAGCAAAAUCAGGCUUGACUGAUGGCAUGCAUGAGCUAUCCACUCAAGAUUUGCCCAAAUUCAAGAGUAAAAAUAUCGAUGUGCUUGCGGAAUAUCGGAAGGAUAAAGGGAAAAAUGCGGCAAAUUUUGUAGUGAUCGGCCAUGUCGAUGCAGGCAAAAGUACCCUCAUGGGGAGGCUCCUUUUUGACUUGAAAGCGAUCGAUCGAAGAACCCUUGACAAAUAUCGACAAGAAGCGGAACGUAUCGGCAAAGGUUCGUUUGCUUUUGCAUGGGUUUUAGACCAAGGCUCGGAAGAAAGGGCUAGAGGCGUCACUAUCGACAUAGCCACCAACAAGUUUGAGACCGACAAAACCUCCUUUACUAUCCUGGAUGCCCCCGGCCACCGGGAUUUUGUGCCGAAUAUGAUUGCAGGAGCUAGUCAGGCAGAUUUCGCAGUCCUCGUCAUCGACGCCUCGACAGGAAAUUUUGAGUCAGGAUUGAAGGGACAGACCAAAGAACACGCUCUCCUGGUAAGAUCGAUUGGCGUCCAGCGGAUAAUAGUGGCCGUGAACAAGAUGGAUGUUGCAGAAUGGUCCGAAGAACGAUUCAACGAAAUUCGCCAACAAAUGGCCGCAUUCUUGAGCAGCGUGGGUUUCCAGGCAAAGAAUGUGACAUUCGUCCCUUGCUCUGGCCUCGGAGGUGAGAACAUUUUGACCAAACCUUCAGAUCCGAGGUCGUCAUGGUAUACCGGCUCUACCUUGGUUGAUGAGCUAGACAAAGCGGAGCCAUCAACCCACGCACUAGACAAACCUUUGCGGAUGACCAUCAAUGAUGUUUUCAGAGGUGGCGUGCAGAAUCCCCUGUCCGUGUCAGGACGAUUGGACGCGGGCACCGUCCAAGUCGGGGAACAAGUGGUCAUCAUGCCGAGUGGUGAUAAGGCCCAGAUCCGGAGCUUAGAGGUCGACGAGGAACCUCGAGAGUGGGCAGUAGCUGGACAAAAUGUGGUCCUCCAUCUAACCGACAUUGACCCCAUACACCUCAAGUCAGGAGAUGUUCUUUGCAGUCCCCUGUCGCCGAUCCAGAACAUCAGUGAAUUCAAAGCAAAGAUACUUGCAUUCGAUCACCUAACUCCAAUGAGCGUUGACGUGCACAAAGGACGCCUGCAUGUGCCGGGUCGAAUCAGUCAGCUCGUUGGUGUCUUGGACAAAUCAUCUGGCUCAAUGACGAAGAAGAAGCCCAAAAUUGUUCAACCGGGAAGUGUUGUGCGAGUCACUGUGCACCUAGACCAGGUUGUCCCCUUGGAGCCGCCUUCAAGGAUUGUGCUCAGAGCAAAUGGCGAAACCGUAGGGGCGGGUCUAAUCGAGUAG